AUAAGCGCAAAGCACGCGUGGCUCGGGGGCGGGUGGCUCGCGGGUCCAUCACAGAGCAGUUACCCAAAUGACUUUCCGGUCAGAAACAGAUUCGUCACUCAUCUUUACUCCCUAUCUCAACACGCACACACUCAACCGGUACAUCUGAUUCUUUUGUGAAGGUUGGCUGUGUGGUUUUGCGUGUUUCGUGCCUUCACUGCUCGGUGUUUCAGCACCGCGCCUGGAUGGAAAUGUGUCUUCCGGGGAAAAGCUGCUUUCACUCUACGAGACUGCAAGCACAUCGCGCCGCACAUCCUGGACAUCUGCAACUUUCAACAGAAGCGAGUGCCUUUCUGAGAUCGCAAGCGGUUUGAGACGCAGAUCUAUGGCCAGACCUAUGCGUCCCAGAGGAGAGAAGAGCCGUGGAAAAUCUGACAGAGGCCCGUGAGAGCUCAAACCCCUAAUUUUGCUAUUUCAUUCUGAUCCCAGUGCCGUCAUUCAUGGAUGAGCACGCAGAGGCGGGUCCGUUGCACGUGCAGACGGUGGAUGAACCACCGGGAGGCGCCACCGUUACCGUCGCCGCCGCAGAGUAUCAGGUCCAAACGGUGCUGAAGAGCGAUAGCGAGCUCAGCGAGGAUGACCUGCAGUCGGGCCCCGGAGCUCAAACACCGACAGCGGGUGAUCCGAUCACGGAGAUCGAGAGCGAGGGGGGCGCGCGGUCAGGGACGCACACACCGGCCGAGGACAUCGUCGGGCGGAGCGCGAGGAAAACGGAAACGGUGGGCUCCAGUUGCAGCAACGAGAGCUGCAUCCCGACUCCAGGCUGUCGGAUCUGCUUUCAAGGAGCCGAGCAGGGGGAGCUGCUGAGCCCGUGUCGCUGUGCCGGAUCUGUCCGACAUGCUCAUCAGCAGUGUCUGCUCAAGUGGAUCAGUGAGAAGGGCUCCUGGAGCUGUGAACUCUGCAACUAUAGAUUCAACAUCCUGCCUAUACAUAUCAAACCACCACAACAGUGGCAGACUGUCACCAUGACUCUGGUGGAGAAGGUUCAGGUUAUUGCAGUGUUGCUGGGCGGCAUCUUCCUGUUGGCCAGUGUAUCAUGGCUGCUGUGGUCAGCACUGAGCCCAGAGGCACUAUGGCAACGCAGUGACAUCCUGUUCCAGAUCUGUUACGGCAUGUAUGCAGUCAUGGACCUUGUGUGUAUUGGUCUGAUUGUUCAUGAAGGUGGUGCUGUGUACAAUGUGCUGAUGCGUUGGCGAGCUGUUAAUCUCUUCUGGGAUGUCCAGAACUACGAUAAAAGCCGAGACCUGGAGAACACGCACAGCCUGCACCAUAACCUGUGGCUGCCUCUCACACACACACAUACAGUCUCCAACACACACUCACAAACCACCCGACUGGAGUCAUCUCCUCGAUGCCCCCUUCGCUUCCUCUCCAUGUGCCUGAACGUGACCUCUGACCUCUCCCCGCAGGAGCAAGGCGUUAGGGUCACGUCAGUUUAACACCAAAUUAAACUCAUUCAGGGACCAAUCUAACAUCCUUUGUGGGAGUGGCUAACUAGUGGGAGGAGCCUAAAUGUUGGGAGGGGCCUUACUAGAAAAGCACUUUAGAAGAUACGCAAACUGAAUUGAAUACAGAAUGAUGUUGUAUUGCAAACUG